AUGCCGAUGACGGCCGUCGCCAUCGGAAACAACGGACGCCGGAGCCGCCUGCGCACGCGCAGCGACGUGCAAGAGGUGAUCCGGUUCAUGGAAGGUGAGGAGGAGGACAUGGGCUCCCCAUCCGCCAAAACAGAGACGGAGGCGCCGGCGGCAAAUACGACCUGCUGGGACAACCUCGACCCCCGCUUGCUGCCUGUGGUCCUGACCGUGUCCCUCCUCUGCAGCGCCGUCUGCUGGUUCUUCUUGCAGUGCCCGUUGUUGAGUGACUUGGCCCUGAUUCCCUGA